AUGAAGGAGCAGCUUUUAGCUGAUUUGGGGGCAAAAGACAAUAGCCAGACCCUCCUAUCCAUAUCCUCACCGUUCUCUGGAUGGAUCCAACAAGAAACCAUCCCCAAGAAGUUUAUGAUGACACUAAUGGCCACAUAUGACAGAUCAGGGAACCCACGAGGGCAUAUCCUUAACUACAAGACAUUCAUGGAGUUCCAAACCCUAUUGGACGCUCUGAUGUGCAAGGUCUUCCCCACGACACUAACAGGACCAGCAAGAGCUUGGUUCAACAGCCUAGAGGUAGGGAGUAUUAGAAGCUUUGGGGACCUCGCCAACAUUUUCAUCAACUGGUUCAUAGCUGGGGUUCUGGCUGAGAGGAAAACUAGUUAUUUGGAGACCAUCUGGCAAAGGAAGAAUGAGUCCUUAAGGGGGUACGUGGCCCAUUUUAAUACAGAAGCCCUGCAGAUCUCGGAGCUGGAUGAAAGCCGAGCUGUGGAGGCCAUGCAGAAAGGGACCACGCUGUGUAGAAAGCCACCCAAUACCCUAGCCGAACUGAUGAAGAGAGCCAAAAAGUAUAUAAGGCAAGAUGACGCCUUGACAACCAGUAGGUUCACUAGGGAGGCUGCAAAUAGAGGGAAGGCGACAGAGGAAAGAAGGUCGAAGAGACCAGAGAGAAGACAAAAUAAAGGGCCUGAGGUGUAUAGGCAGCCCUAG